GAAAAUCCCAGUGAUGUGGAGCGGCCUGGGGCUUGCCCUGGCUCUCUGUCUCCUCCCUGGGGGAGGAACAGAGAGCCAGGGACACAGCUCCUUCUGUAAGCACCCCCCAGCCUGGAGAAUACGGGAAGAAGAGCCGAUGCUGAACGCCAACGGCUCAGUGACUGUGGUUGCUCUUCUUCAAGCCAGCUGAUACGCGUGCCUUCGGCAGGCAUCUAGAUUGGAAAACCUGCGUGUAAAACUGGAAAAAGAAGGCUAUUCUAAUAUCUCCUAUGUCAUUGUCAACCAUCAAAGCCUUGUUUCUCAAUUAAAAUACACACAUCUUAAAGACCAAGUUUCAGAGAAUAUUACUGUUUACCAACAAGAAGAAAACCAAACAGAUGUCUGGACCCUCUUAGAUGGAAGUAAAGAUGACUUUCUCAUCUACGAUAGAUGUGGCCGUCUUGUAUAUCAUCUUGGUGUGCCUUACUCCUUCCUAACUUCUCCAUUUGUGGAAGCUGCCAUUAAGACUGCUUACUGCGAAAAGAAAUGUGGAAACUGCUCUCUCAUGAAUCUGGAAGAUGAAGCUGUAUGUAAGGGAAUAGCAUCUGCUAGUGUGCAAGAAGCAACUGAGGCCGCUAAGCCACACCACCACCACCACCACCACCACCACAGGCCUGGGCACCAGCAUGAGAACAGCCAGCCUUCAGAAAAUCAGAGCCCAAGCGAACCAGACACUAUCCAGCAUCCCUCUCCCUUAGACCUUCAUCGCCACUACAAGCACAAAGGGCAUGAAAGCCAGGGCCACCCAGGGAACUGAGAUAUGCCAGGGAGUGAAAGUUUACAGCUUUCCCUCCCACGGAAGCAGCUCUGACGAAAGCGCUGUAGAAAUCAAUUACUCUGAAAGUUGUCCAGAGGUUCGGAGUUGGGUUCAAGAAGCUGAUGCUGACAUUGUCGACAUCUGAUAUUUGAGAAGGCAGGGUCUGCAAUCACCUGACAGUGCGAAGAGCACCUUCCAACCUUAUGUAGCUGACAGGGGCUUUGGGCCGAGGAGAACGUCAUUGAGUCUUGACAGUGACGUUUGCCUCUACCCGCCUGACAGAGGAGUCAGCAGUUUCAGCCCACAGAAGCCAGCACCAGCUGAAGCUGAAAAAAUACGGCAGAAAAAUGAAAAUGACCUUCAAACUAAGCAUUUUAAAUAGGAUAUACUUCUCAAACCAAUCUGGUCACAAUUUUAUUUCAAGCAUGUUUAUAAGCUACCUAAUAAAUAGUGAUUCAAAAUUCAAAUUGGAUUUGUGCGAACAUGGAGAGAGAUCUACUAUAUUGGCUUCCAAAUUUUAAAAUUGAUGUCACAGAAAUUUUGACCCAGGCCGUAUUUGGUUAGUACCAGGCGACUGACAAGUGAUUGCAGCACUGGUCAAUAUGUCUUCCUUCUUCUUUUUCCAGCAUUCUUUUUGCAUUAAUGAGAACAGAAACGUAAACUAUGACCUAGGGGUUUCUGUUGGAUACUCUGCAAUUUAGAAUGGAGGAAGAACAACAGAGACACAUUUUCCAUUAUCUUUGAAAACAAUAUACUCUUUGUCUUUUUAAUUGUGCAUUUUAAACUGAUGAAAACUAUAGGAAAAUAAGUGGAUUCUUUAAGACUCACAAGGGCCUAAUACAUGGAUAAUUUGCUGCCAAAGCAUAUAUAACUACAUUUUAAAUAACCACCUAUCCUUUGCUGUGUCUUAAACUUAUAAUUAGAUUUUUAGUAUCAAUAUGAAUGAAUCCUUUAUAUCGUCUUUUCUUUAUCACACUCUUUAUGGAUUUGGAGUACUGGGUUUGAAAGAUAUAAGGGAGAUGAGAAAAUAAAGUUGUGUAGCUUUAGGCUGCUUAGAAAGUAUUUCCAUAGUUAAUGAUGAUUCAUUAGGUAAAUUUAGUCUUGUGAAUCUGAACUCAUUUAUGGUUAAUACUAGUAAGCAAGAAGGCAAUACACAACUGGCCAAAGACUGGUGAAUUUGUUGAAAUAAAUGCAAUUAAAAAAAGUUUAAAGCUGUC